GCGACGUUACGCCCCCGCCAUUUUGUUUCACCGGGAGUAAAGAAAGCCACCGGAGCAUCAGCGGCGCGGUUCUGUUCCCUUUUUCUCCACAGAACCAUCCGUCAUCACGGCACAGCAGCAUCGUGCACCCGCCUUUGACUUCGCAUGAUGUCUGGAGACAUGGCCGCCGAUCAUGUAAAUGGGAAUGGCACAGAGGAGCCGAUGGACACUACAGCGGAGGUGACCCACUCUGAACAUUUCAAUGCUUUACUGGAAGCUGGAUUACCUCAGCAGGUCGCUGAGAAGUUAGAUGAACUUUAUGUAGCAGGACUAUUAGCACACAGUGAUCUCGACGAAAGGGCGAUUGAAGCCUUGAAAGAAUUCAAUGAGGAGGGGGCGAUGCAAGUGCUGGUGCAGUUCAAAGACAGCGACCUGUCGCAUGUGCAGAACAAAAGUGCCUUUCUCUGUGGAGUGAUGAAGACUUACAGGCAGAGGGAGAAACAAGGGACUAAAGUUGCAGACUCCACCAAAGGACCGGACGAAGCUAAAAUCAAAGAACUCCUGGACAGAACAGAGUACACGCUUGACGUAACGACCGGACAGAGAAAGUACGGCGGCCCGCCCCCUGAGUCGGUCUACGCGGGCCAUCAGCCCACAGUUGGAACGGAGAUAUUUGUUGGGAAGAUUCCCCGCGACUUAUUUGAAGAUGAGCUGGUUCCUCUCUUUGAGAAGGCCGGGCCCAUCUGGGACCUGCGGCUAAUGAUGGACCCGCUGACCGGGUUGAACAGAGGCUAUGCCUUCGUCACGUUCUGUACGAAAGAAGCAACGCAGGAGGCGGUGAAGCUGUGUAAUAACUUUGAGAUCCGCCCUGGAAAGCAGAUCGGUGUGUGUAUAUCCGUCGCCAACAACAGGCUAUUUGUCGGCUCCAUCCCCAAGAGUAAAACGAAGGAGCAGAUCGUGGAGGAGUUUGCAAAAGUCACAGAGGGACUCAGCGACGUCAUACUGUACCAUCAACCUGACGACAAGAAGAAGAACCGCGGCUUCUGUUUCCUGGAGUACGAAGACCACAAAACAGCGGCCCAGGCCCGGCGCCGGCUAAUGAGUGGGAAAGUCAAGGUGUGGGGCAACGUGGUGACAGUGGAGUGGGCCGAUCCCAUCGAAGACCCGGACCCAGAGGUCAUGGCCAAGGUGAAGGUUUUAUUUGUCAGAAAUCUGGCCAAUGGCGUUACAGAGGAAAUCCUGGAGAAGUCCUUCAGUCAGUUUGGAAAACUGGAGCGAGUGAAGAAGCCCAAAGACUACGCUUUCAUCCACUUUGAGGAGCGGGACGAUGCAGUCAAGGCACUGGAGGAAAUGAACGGUAAAGAGCUGGAGGGAGAGCCCAUUGAGAUCGUUUUUGCCAAACCACCAGAUCAGAAGAGGAAGGAGCGCAAAGCCCAGAGACAGGCGGCCAAAACGCAAAUGUAUGAUGAUUACUACUACUACCCUCAGCACAUGCCGCCGCCUGUGAGAGGCAGAGGCAGGGGUGGUAACCGGGGCGGCUAUUCUUCUUACCCCCCGGACUACUACGGUGGUUACGAGGACUACUACGACUAUUAUGGCUAUGACUACCACAACUACCGCGGUGGCUACGAAGACCCCUACUAUGGCUACGAUGACUUCCAGGCUCCGAGCCGAGGGCGCGGUGGCAGCCGAGGCUCGCGGGGCGGAUCCUCUCCAGGCCGAGGGCGUGGCGGGGCCGGUGCACCCAGAGGCCGUGCCAGCUUCCCCCAGCGAGGCGGACCGGGACCAGGCCGCGGCGGACGGGGCGUGAGAGGAGGCGGAGCGGGAGGAGGAGUGCAGCCGAGAGGGCGCGGAGGGGUACGUGGUGCACGGGGUGGCCGCGGUGGAAAUGUAGGAGGAAAGCGCAAAGCUGACGGGUACAACCAGCCAGAUUCCAAGCGUCGCCAGACCAAUAAUCAGAACUGGGGCUCUCAACCCAUUGCUCAGCAACCGCUCCAAGGUGGUGAUCAUUCUGCAGGGCAAAGAGGUCGAGGCUGGUCCUGACGUGUCACUAUGAGGACUGACCAGCGUCCGGCGUUGUCACGCUGCAGGCUGCCACUGGGGGAUGGAAUGGUAAGGUCACCUGACUCAGUGGUCCAGUCGUAUUCCAGCCCUUUUUUUCCUUUUUUCUUUUCUUUUGCCCCCUCUGAAGCUGCCGUGCUGUACAAGAUAAUCACAAAACAGGAGCUGUGACUUUGGGAGUGGAUCACGUUUUUCUUUUUGUGUGGCGUCACCACGGACGGAUGGAUGGACGUCCUCCUGGAAAAGCACUUUUUUUUAAUCUUAAAGUCUGACUUUCUGAAGUCGGACUCCAUGUGACGUGAUAAUCUGAUUAUCAGGUCGCUAACGUGAGACGAUCGUUGCAAAGCUGGACACUCCAGGAUAACGGUUCUCUACAGAUGUGAUCAUGUGAUGCUGGCCGUGGGCUUGUUAGCUACCUCAGUUUCAAGGACUCGCUGGAGGCAGAGCUCCGCCCCCUCUGGCCCUGCCACGCCCACUCACUCACGCACGCACAAGAAGCAGCAACAAAUGAAGCACUUAAAGCAAGCGUUUUCACUUCUGAGACAGGAGCUGAUGGACGGAAAAAAAAACAGUCAGUCAUCCUAUGUCUUCCACGGGGAGGGGCAUAUAGUUAAAGGGGUAGUUCAGGAUUUAGAGUAAAAAAAAAAAAUUCACAAAUUUUAGCCACUUAUCAAAAGUCUGUUUAAAAUCUACGAUGUGUUUACGUCACGUCUCUCCUACACCAAAGCCCAUAGAGGAAAUCUGUGAUUUUAGCUCGCGGUAGA